AUGACAGAAAAUCGAUUUUUGCAGAAAGUAGAUCACAACAAAUUUGGUCGUGAUACUUUGUUGGACGAGGCUAUCAAUGCUUAUUUACACGGUCUUUUGAUAGCUGGAAGCAAAGAGGAAAUGGCGAAAAUGGCGGCGAUUUUGGCGAGAAAAAUGCAUGGAAAUAGUGGAAAUGGAAAUGGCAUGGAAUAUAAACCGAGGUGAGAUUUUUGGGCGGGAAAAUGGGGAAAACUAUACAACAAGCAGAAAAUAAAACAAUAAAUUAGACCUAUAAAUUUCAUUCACACUUUUUUCGAAAAUGAAAAUUGAAUAAUAAAAUUGGGCCAUAAAAAUUUGGAGGAUCUUUUAAUUUCGACCGCCCAAAACAUCUGUACAUUUUUCUUUUGGGAAAAAAUUGGACACGUGGAUUUUCUGGGAGAAGCUGAAAAUCCAAAAAUUCCACCAAAAAAAAAUUGUGGCAAUUUUUGGACCCUCCAAAAUUAUACGAGAAAAAAAAAUGAGGAAAUUUUUUGAGCUAUAUCCUUGGUGGUCCCUCCCUCUUAGCUAGCUCAGCUCAUAAUUAAAAAAUGUUGAGCUAAAUUAAAAUUCUUAUUCUUAUUCUAGUAGCCCGGGGGUCUAUUUCAAUUUUUUUUGAAAAAAAAACACUUUUUGGCCAAGUGAAUUCAGAAAAGUACAAUUACUCAUAUUAGUCAGCAAAUCGUGAUUUUUUCUAAUUUUCAUAAUUUUCAAUUUUUUAUUGAAAAAUGUUCUGAUUCAGAGAUUUUAACUGAAAAAUUAGCACUGAAAAUUAAUUGAACGAAUUUGGCUAAUAUGAGCAAUUACGUCAUUUUUCUAAAAAUGAAGCAGAUUUUUGAACAUUGCUCAUAUUAGAAAUUACAAAAAAAAUGAGAUUUUUGGAUUGCCCAUGUUGGGAAUAUCUGAAAUCCGAAUCUCCAUUUUAAGCCAAACAUUUUCAGACAAAAAUAGGUGGAGCCUAACUGGAACUAUUUUUUAUUUUUCAAAAAAUGUGAUUUUUUAUGAAAAAAUUACGUAGUUUUUUUUUUUUGAAAAUUGGGCUAUUCAAAAAUUUGUGUUUCUUGAGAAAAGUGUAUUAAAAAUUGUUUUCAAAAAAAAAUCACAAAGAAAUCUAAGAAUUGCUCAUUUUAGGAAUAUAUUCACAAAAGAUCAAAUGUUCGAAAUUGGCUAUGAAAGACAAAUUUUGUUGAUUUUCUAAUUCUGCAUUGCUCAUGUUAGAAAAAAUGAAUCUUGAAAUUUGGUUCCAAAAUCUACUGCUCAUGUUAAAGAAAUUACUAAAAAACUUGAAUUGAAAAAUUCAGAAUUUCAAUUAAAUUGCUCAUGUUAGUAAAAAUGCAGAAAAAAAGUAUCAUUUUCAAUUUUGUUUUCUUCAAAACAAAAAAUAUAAAGAAAAAAUGUUGUUACUAGCAAAAGUCCUAAAGUUAAGUUAAUUAAAGUGGUAAUAAUAAAUUUUUCCUUCUUUUCUUUUUUUUUUUUUGGGAAAAAGUGCUUUUUGGGGGAAAAGAAGAAUAUUCUCUUUUCGAAUUUUUUGAAAAGAAUUUAUUAUAACUCGACUCUUUCACAAGAAAAAUAGAAAAUGGAAAAGUAGAGGAAUAAUUAUAAUAGUAAAUGUUCUCUUUCCCCAAAAAUAUUUUGGGGGGAAAAUGUGGGCGGAGCUUGGGGAAGGGGAUGAGAUACGCCCACUUUUGUGGGAAAAUUUGGAGCGAUUUGGGGGCUUUUGGGAUUCUGAGCUUGAACAUUUUCGACUGAAAAACUCUGAAAUAUUGGGAAACAAAAAAUGAAAAUCAGCAAAAUUUGAGACUUUUUAGGCUUCUAGACUUGUGGAGUUAGGCAACUAGGAUUCUGAAAAUGUGUGCCGAAAAUGCAAGAUUGAAAUGAGCAAUCUCAUUUUUAAUCCUCUAAAAUGUUACGUUUCAAAAUUUCUUGUUAUUUUUUUGAGUAGAAUUCUAUUCGAUCAAUGUAAUCUAUUGCAUUUUUAGAAACAAAAGCCACAAAAAUUAAUAUGAGCAAUCCAUUUUUUCAAUUUUUCUCCAAUACUUUUGUGCUGUUCUCGAAAAUAAAAUAAAAUAUGAGAUACAUUUUGUGUUGGCACAAAAUAAGUGAUUCCUAAUUGGUGUCUAAAUAUCACCAAGGUGUCCACCCAAAAAUAUAAAAUACACUCGCAAACCCUAUAAUUAAAUAUAUUUACGAAACCUCGCUACUCUCAAAACAAUUUCAAUUUUCUUGUUCAAUUUUUGAUAGACUUCUUCAAGGUUUUCAUUGGCGCCACUGGAAAAGUGAGAAUUUUUGGUGGGAAAAUGAUGAGAGCGGGUGAAUUUCUUAUCCAUCUGUGUCUGGGUUACUGUAGCCACCUGACACCUGUUCAAUAAGAAAACUUCUAAAAGUGCUGCCACGUGGCAUUUUUCAAAAUGCUGUAGUUCUGGAAAAUUGGUAGAUCAAAAAAUGGUCGCUGAGAAGAGUACUGUAGAUUUUAUUCCGAAUUAUGUAAACUCUAAUAUGAGCAAUCCUAUUGUUCCCAAAAAAUGUUUCACAACUUCUAUUUUCUACAAAACCACCCAUAUUUUCACACCAUUUUGGCGCCAAUCUCAUUUAUUCUUCCUAAUGGCUUGGUUGGUGCUUGAAUAAUUUUCGGAUGAAAUAUGAGAUGGUUUUUUUUGGUGGUGAAAAGAGGAUUUAUAAGAGGUGUGGACAGGUGCUUUUUGGUUUGGCGCACAUCCAAAAAAUUGUGGAUUUGGAUUUGGUGUCUACAGUACUCAAUCUACAGUACUCUAAAUAGUUCCACGUGGCAACAUUUUCUAUUGCGCCAUCAACAUUUUUCAGGGCCAAAAUUUUAUUGAAAAAAACAUUUUAGCAGGUGUCAGGUGGCUACAGUAACCCAGACACAGCUGGGGGUUUAAUAUUUUGGCGCGAAAAAAUUUGUAAAAAAAACACCAACUUUUUUCCAAAAAAAAAACGAUUAGUAGUACACAUUUUCGUUUUUGUUGGCACAAAAAAUGGCUACAAAUUUACUUUUUAAUGAGGUUUUUUGUGUGUGAGCCGACCGACCCCAGAAAAAAAAAGAGCACAACAUUUUUUGUGCUCUUUUUUCGGGUGCUCACUCUCCAAAAAAAAAAGCUGGGAGGGACCACUCAAGGUGAAAAAAUGGGCACAGAUUAUCCGAUGCACAAAUAUUUGAGCAAGAAUUACUUAUUUAUGAUGAGCAGCAGCUCAGAAAAAAGUAGCCAAAAUGAUAGGAAAAAAACAGGGUUCGUGCCAAAUAAUAUACGAAAAAAACGCAAUUUUAGACAAGAAAAAAUUAUUUUUUCACACAUACAAAAAAUAGGCUAAUAGUAAAAACAUGUAUCAUUUUGUGUCCAGCUCUCACACACAAAUUUUUUCAUCUAUUUUUUUUUGUUGCUCGUAUUCGUUCAUUCAUUCAUUCAUUCCGUAAUACUCUUGCUCACAACACACAAAAAUUGCUUUUUUUCGUCCCAAUUUUCGUUUUUUCUUGUUAUUUUUCGGACACGAAGAAGAAGAAGAAGAUGAAGAAAAUUGAAAUUUGCAGAGAAAAAUUGCAUUUUUCUUGUGUUCCUUUAAAAAAAAUUUUAAAGCCAAAUUUUGAUUCAGGGAAUUUUUGGGCAAUUUUAUUUUUAACAAAACAUUUAUAGAUGUAUCAAACACCAAUUUGAUUUCAAAAAAUAACUGGAGAUUUUGAAACGUAAAUUUUUAGAGAAAAAAUCUAGAAUUGCUCAUAUUAAUUUUGCCACGUAAGAAAUGUUGUUUUCCCACAAAAAUUUCGGGGGAUAAAAAGCUCUUCCGUUUUUCUCGCUCAAAUUUCAGGUCAAAUUUCACACAUAUAUUUUUUUCUUCUUCAAAAAGUUUCAAAUUGAAAAGAAACUUUAGACACAAUACUAUUUUUAGAAGUGGUUUGGGAAAAAACAUUUGAAGAGGUUUUGGGGGAUUUGGGAUUAGGCUUGGGGCUCCAGGCUCAAGCCUGAACUAGAGGUUAGAUUUGGAUUCAGAACUUCAGAUUCAGGCUUUUAGGCUUCUAGAAUUUUGGCUCCAAUGAAAUUUUAUAUAAUAUUUUUUGAAACAGUGAUUUUUUUGCGUUUUCUUUUUUUUUAAAUUCAAUGAGCCAGAAAAAAAGGUUUUUCUGAAUUUUUUUGAGAAAAUUAGUGAGCUGGAUUUUUCCGAACUAUAUUUGAAGCAAGAAUGCCACGUGGCAAAAAUCUUUAUAUAUUUUAUAUAUAGCCUUUUGGAGCACAAAAACUUGAACACUUUUUUAUUUUUCCCCAGAUCAAUCACAAUAAAAAUUUCAAAUAAAACAAAUAAAAUAAAAUUUUGGUUCUCAAAAAAUAUGAAAAAUUCAUGAAAAAUCUCAUCAAUCAAUCAAAAUUUGAUCCUGUUUUUUGGCUGAUUUUUUAUGAGCUCUUGGAAUAUAUUAUUAAUCUACAAAAAAAGAAAGGGAACCCAAAUAUAAAUAAAUAAUAAUAAUAAUAAGAAUAAUUACACUUAUUAUGCAAAUCAAGUCAUAGAGAAAAAAGGGCAGAAAAGUGACCCGCGACACCUGCAAAAAUAAAUAACAGAAAAACAUUUGAUAGGAGGGAGAAUAUUGGAGUUUUUAAUAGAAAAUCUGAAAAUUCUAGAAAUUUUUUCUCGCUGAAAAUUGAGGCUGACUACUUUUAAAUUUCCACAAAACUACAGUAGUCCUCGAAAAAUGAAAACAACAUACCAAUUUUGAGAAAAUUGCAACAUUUUUUUGAGAAAUAAAACUUUGAAGUUUUUUUUCACACAUGUGUUUUUCCGGAAAAUGUGUGAAACAAGAAAAAACAUCAAAAUGAUAAAUGCGUUUUUCUUUUUUUCUUUUUGAAAAAAAAACGCACAACAUUUUUUUGGGGUUUUUUUCGGGAAACAGGAAAAGGGUUAGAUUUAUUGGGAAGUGGGAAGGAAGGAAGGAAAUUUGAGAUUUUUUGAAAAUUUCGAGUUUUGGAGCUGAAAAUCCACAAGUACUGUAGUUUGAAAUUUGGGUUUCUUGGAUUAAUAUUCUACAGUAAACCGAUUUUUUUGGAUUACUGUAGUUUUUGAAUUUAUGACCACAGUAAUCUUUACAGUACUCUCUCAAUUUUUGGAGUUUAAAGUUAGCCUACAGUAAUCUGAAAUCCAUACCGUACUCGUCUUUUGAUCUAUUAAUCUACUGAUGAAAACACUACAGUACCCUACAGUAAUCCCCAUUAUAAAUAAUUUUAAUACUCAAAAUAUGGGUACAGUAUCUCUAGUAACCUAGAUUUUUGAUCUACAGAUUUUUUAUUUCUACAGUAACCCGGAAAUGAGAAAAUCAAAAUUCUUUCGAAAAUGUUUCCGAAAUUCAGAAAAAUUUCCCACAAAAAUUAAAAUUCCUUUUACUUUUGAAUAUUUUAACUUUUCUUUCAUCAUUUUGGCUGACUUAUUCUAACUUCGAGUAGUAAAUAAAUAAAUAAAUAAAUUUGAAACAAAAAGAGAAGUAAAAGAAGAAGAAAAGUAGUUUAGGAAAGUGCUUAUAUUUUUCCAUUUUUUCCCAUGGUCCCCCGCCGUUUUCUUUUUCGAAUAUGAAAUGAAGCGUAUGUAUAAUUUUUGGAGGGAGGUCCAGGAAAAACAAAAAAUUGAAUUUUUUGUAUAGUUUUUCGAGUCGCGAGAAAAGAAUUCGAAAAAAAUGGGGAAUUUUGGGCGCCAAAAAUACAAAUAUUUCUAUACAGCUUCUUUUUUGCUUCAAAUCUUACGAAAAAUUUAAUGAGCCGAGCAAUAAAUUUUAUUUCUUCCGAUUUUUGAAAAAUUAAUGGUGCCUGAAAAGUCAGUCAAAAAAAAAGAGCAACAAAAAAGAAAAGCAAAAAACGGCAAAAACUAAUCUAAAAACACACGAAAAAUAGAAAAUAUAUGUUUUUAUUUGAGAAGAGCAUCACUCAUUCUAUACUUGCGAAAAAAAACAUUUUUUUCGACUUUUUUCUGAUGCUCCGCCCAGAAAGCCGAAAGUUUGACGUGUGGCAGAGUUUCAGAAAAAAAAUCUUGGAAAUUUUGAAACAAUAAACUUUUUCUGGAAUUUCUGAAGAAGAACCAAACUGCUCCAAAAAGUGCACAAAAAUUCUUUUCGCGCGAAAAAAAGUUAUUACAAUUUUUUUUGACACGAAAAAAUUCGUUUGACAAUAGGAUUAUCUUUCCUGCAUUUUCGCAUCUUAUCCACUUUUUUCAAUAAAAAAUUUUUUUUAUUGAAAAAAGUCCGAAAGGAUUAUUCAUUUUCAAAACCGAGAAAUUGAGCGAAAAACGAAAAUUUUUGGAGAAAAAUUGGAUUUUUUUUUGAGAAAGAGAGAAAUAUGUAGGUACAAUUUGAGGAUUCUAGAAAAAUUAUAUUGAUUUUUUUGGAGCAAAAAAUUUGGUUCGAAUUCAGGGGGAAUUUCAGAGUGGCCUAGAAAACCAAACUUCAAUAAUUCGGCCACGUCUUUUUUGGGUAUUUUCCCCCAAAAACCAUCAAUUUUUAGCGAGCUCCACGUGGCCUAGAAACCCAAGCCAAAAAACUAGGCCACACUCACAUUUACCCUCAAUUUUUCAGCGCAAAAAACCUGGCGAACAUCUAUCCUCAAUACAUGCUCGAUAAUCAUGAUCGAACAAAAUUGGCUGACCGCUUGAAAAUUGCGAUGAAAAAAAACGAAACUCGAAACGAUCGACAAUUGGAAGACGAUUUUUUGUCGAUUUCGAGAGGACUUAUGACUUAUGGAGCAUCGUUUUUCGAAGUUGAUGUAUUUACGACGAAAAAAGUGAGCGGUUUUGGGUGGAAUUUUGACUAAAAAUUAUAAUUUUUCCAAAAAUCUUAGAAAAACAUUCGAUUCUCUAUUAUUUUUUUCCCAAAACAAAAAAAUAAAAAAAACAAAAGUGGACAUAAUCUCGGGUCACUCAAGUACUUUGAAAAGCUUUACGAUUCGUUUUUUGGAAAAAAAUAGGAAAAUUGAGAGAAUUCUGGGAUUUUUAUUAGAAAUGUUUGAUUUUUUCCCAAAAUUAAGAAUGUAUUCAAAAUAAAAUAAAAUAAAUAGUACAAAUUAAUUGCCCAUAAUUAUUCUCUUGACCCUUUUUGGCUCUUCUCAAGUAAAAUAUGUUUUCUUAAAUUUAUUUAUGCAAUAUGCUCAUCCCAGGUGGCCUGGGAAAAUCGGGAAAAACAUUUUUGAUUCGCAAUUUUUUUGCAGAAUUUCGGAAAUGGUCAAGCUUUAGUCGGUGUCAAUGAUCACGGUCUGCACAUAAUUCUCAAAAAAGCGUGGAAUGUGAAGAAUUUGCGAUUCGACGAAUUCGCCGCCAUUUUUCGCGAUUCAAAAACAAUUGAAAUUGAUGCGCAGCGAUCGAGGGAUUUGCAUUUUAUCAUGGUUUCAACACAAAUGAAAUUUCUCAAGGGAAUAUUGCAAAAGUUUCAGGGCUAA